GGAUUAAUUGGAAUUCUUCAAAAUGCCAGGUGUAGGCCCCACAGCCCCUGAGCAGCCUACAGAUGAAAUGGGAAACCAGUUAAAGUCAGCGGAUCCAAGGCCUGAUGUCCCUCCAGACUAUGAUUCCCAUUUGGUACCAGGGCCCCCUGGAGCACCUGUUCGUCCGCCUGCAGGCUACCCAGGAGGCUUGCCUGUGGGAUAUUAUAAUCCACGGCAGCCCAGUGCCUUCCCGUUCUGCCAGCCAACUAGUAGUGCCUAUCCUGUCCAGUACCAGCCUGGCAACUAUCCAGUGCCAAAUCAGUCUGCUCCAAUGAUAUGGAUGCCAGGGCCAACUCCUAUGCCAGACUGCCCUCCUGGUCUGGAAUACUUAACCCAGUUGGACAACAUACACGUUUUUCAGCAUUUUGAACCUCUGGAAAUGAUAACACGUUUUGAAAUGAAUAAUAAAUAUGAUGUUAAAAACAACCUGGACCAGAUGGUGUACAUUGUAACUGAAGACACAGACGACUUUACCAGGAAUGCUUACCGGACACUAAGGCCCUUUGUCCUCCGGGUCACUGACUCUAUGGGCCGAGAAAUCAUGACAAUGCAGAGACCCUGCAGAUGCACCUGCUGUUGCUUCUGUUGUCCCUCCACCAGGCAAGAGCUGGAGGUGCAGUGUCCUCCAGGCAACACCAUUGGCUUUGUUAGGGACCACUGGAACCUGUGCCGGGUGGUGUACAGCAUCCAAAACGAGAAGAAAGAAAAAGUGCUGAGCAUCCGCGGGCCAUGCUCAACCUGUGGCUGUGGCUCAGAUUCUGUGUUUGAGGUCAAAGCCAUCGAUGGUGUCUCCAACGUCGGCAGCAUUGUUAGGAAGUGGCAUGGUUUAAUGUCAGUCGCGGGCCAGGCUGACCACUUUGACAUUCACUUCCCAGUAGACCUGGACGUGAAGAUGAAAGCUAUGAUUUUCGGAGCUUGCUUCCUCAUUGACUUCAUGUAUUAUGAAAGAUCACCACAACAACGUUCAUCAAGAUAGAGGGACACAGAAAAUCAGCAGUUACGAUUUUUAAAAAGUUAGAAAAGUUGUAUUGGGCUUACAGUCAACCCUCAAUUAUUUGCUUUUGCAGAUUAC